AUGUCCUGGCCGGAUCAAUCGUGCUGCACGCUUACCAGUGGUGCGCAGGACGGGCUGACGUUCCUAGUUGCUCCUGCAGACAUGAUCAGCGAGAGAACCACAGAGUUUUAUGAUCCCCCGAGCACCUCAAAUGUUCCGGGUCCCAGAGAUCCUGGGAAGUUCUCGAUUAAAGGUGCAGUAGCAGCUAUUAUUUCUCUGCAAGUUCAGAUUGUGUUGGGCUGUGUCUGGAUCUGGUGGCGAAGGAAGAAGAAAGCGCCCGUCGCUGGAGCUUCUAGAGUCCAGCAGGAAACCCGUGGCUCUCACUUGCACCUGGACAGCCAGAGCAGCGGCCCUGGCAGCCCUCAGAGCUGGACCGAAAGACAGCAGACACUGCCACCUGAACAACAAGCGUGCUCAGCCUCUCCAUGGCCCGGGUGCCCCCCGAGCCCAUUCGCAGCCACCCUGGAGCAGAGGAGCCAGACCAGCACCCUCCAGCCCCCUGCCAAACGGCAAUGGCCCUCACGCCCCCCGAGCCCAUUCCCAGACUCUGUGCAUCAGAGGAACCAGAAAAGUGUCUACCAGCUGCAGCAGUCCCCACGUCCUCCACGCCCUCCGCCGCUACCGACAGCUCCGAGCCCACUACCGAGGACUCCGAACCCUCUGAACCCACCGCCACUACUGAGACCUCCGAGCCCUCCAAGCACCCUGCUGCUACCGAGACCUCCGAGCACUCCGAGCCCACCGCCACUACCGAGCCCUCCGAGCCCUGCGAGCCCCCUGCCACUACCGAGCCCUCCGAGCCCCUCGCUGCUACCGAGCCCUCCGAGCACUCUGAGCCUAACGCCGCUACCG